AUGACAGGGCUGGACGUGGAAAAGGACCAAAUCAUUGAAAUGGCCUGCCUUAUUACAGACUCACACCUGAACAUCCUGGCUCAGGGGCCAAACUUGAUCAUUAAGCAGCCCGACGAGCUACUGGAAGGGAUGUCAGAGUGGUGCAAAGAGCAUCACGGAAAGUCAGGACUGACCCAGGCUGUGCGGGACAGUAAAAUCACCCUGGAACAAGCAGAGUAUGAGUUCCUGUCCUUCGUCAGACAGCACACACCACCUGGACAAUGUCCCCUCGCUGGUAACUCUGUGCAUGCGGAUAAGAGGUUCCUGGACAAGUAUAUGCCACAGUUCAUGCACCACCUUCACUACAGAAUCAUCGACGUGAGCACCAUCAAGGAGCUCAGCAGACGCUGGUUUCCAGAAGAAUACAAAACGGUUCCUCACAAGAAAGCAACACACAGAGCGUUGGAGGACAUCCAGGAGAGCAUCAAGGAGCUGCAGUACUACAGAGCCAACAUCUUCAAAGCAUCAGAGAAGAACUGCACGAUUGUUGAAAAUGGAGGCAGCAGUAUGAGUUAGCACAGAAUGAGAAUAGUCUUCAGUGUUAUUAUCGUAUUGCCAUCGGUUUUCGUUUGUGCACUUGUGAAUGCUCAAUAAUCCUUUGUUAGAAUAUUGUUAGUGGUACAUUUAAAGGUUUCAUUGAAAGAAGCAAGCAGCAGUUUUUUGUUUUUCUUUUCAGGAGAAAUCCUUUUUUCCAGGUUCAUGAUGGUGAUCUUUGGUAGAUUGUGUCUGAUGCAAUUUUCAAUUGUUCUUGUUUUGAAAGUGAAACCAAAUAAAUCUGGUUGUGCCUGUGGAAAAA